AUGGAGCAGAUCCCUGUGGCGACCUGCCUUACCGUGUGGCUUUCUUUGCUGGUUUCCGGGCCGGGCUUGUUGCGGUGGGGCGCGGGAGUGGCGUCCGGAGACUCUGCCUUCUCGCUGCGGCCUGAGGCCGUGCUGCAGUGGCAAGUUCAUAGGCUGGUGACCUACAUCUUUGUGUACGAGGAUGUGAUCUCCUUGGUGUGUGGUGCUGUCAUCAUCUGGUACUUUGCCGGCGGCUUUGAGAAGACCAUGGGCACCGUGAAACACUGUUUCUGCACUGUGGCCUUUGCCAUUUCCUCAGCCCUGCUGUACCUUAUGCUCCGGGCUGUUGUAUCUGGACUGUUGGAGCUGGAAGAUGCCAAAGGAUUCACACCUGUGGCUUUUGCUAUGCUUGGCGUCUCCAUCACCCGCUCCCGAAUGAAAAGAACGGUGCUUUUUGGAGUCUACUUCCCUAUGUUUCUUGUGCCGUGGCUCUUGCUUUGUGUGGCGUGCCUUAUUCCACACUCUUCUCUUCUGGGGAAUAUCUGUGGCCUCCUAAUUGGGGAAGUCUAUGGCUAUGGCUACUGUUUUGGCUUGGAUCUCCCCGAAUCGGCAGUCUCUCGGCUGGACCAGAAGUUCCCUUUCCGACUGCUAAAGAGAAUAAAGGGACUGAAGUACGUUCCAGGGUCUCUGGCAGAAAGAAGAGCUUCUCAGAGUAGGAAGCUGAAUCCGGUUCCAGGGUCUUAUCCCACUCAGACUUAUCACAGCUCUCCUCCUCCCGCCUUGCCUGUCGUUCAGAUGCACCCCGGCGCUCAUGCCUUAGGAUCGUGGCCGCAGCACCCGCUGGGUCACUCACACACUCCUGUCCCAAACCCAACUGCCGGCGCCUUCGGAGAGCUGUACAUCCAGAACAAUUUCCAUGUUCCUCCAGCAUCCUCCUCCUCCUUCCCUGUUUCUCAGCAUCUGGGGGCACAUGAUGUGCCAAAGAGGACAGAUCACACGGUGACUGGAAUCCACCAAGCGGCUGCAUUUCCGACAACGGGAGCUGCUUUGGGACCAGCAGACCUUUGUCAGGUUCACGUGGGCUGA